AUGGCUCAAAUUCCCAACCUGGACAAUGCUCCGCUCAAUCUCUCUUCCCUCAGGUAAUUUUCUCUAGGAUCCCCUCGAGGACAGUGUUUCUAUACUUUUCUCUUGGGUAUAUUCCUGAGUUGUUUGUGUUCUGGUUCCUUUUUUUAUAAACUUCUUCUGCUUCUUGUUUACCAGAGAGCAGUCGCAGAAGGAACUCUUAGGGAUCCUCAAGAGCGUAGUUCUCUAUCCUUCCUCAUCUGUUUCUCUUCUCUUCACAUUUCUUUAUUCCACUUUUAACAGCAGUUCGAUUAUUUCGACUGAUACUUCAUUCGUUGAACGGCAUUGACAGAUACGUGGGCGGAAAUGCGUUGUCAUCGAUCCAAAGCUUAGUGGCUCGCUCUCUCUGUUGAUCCAAACGUCGCUUCUCAAGGUAUGGUAGCUGAUCUAUUCGCCGUUUUCCUCUGAAAACGUCGUAAUUCUUGAGAUUAUAACGAUCAUAUCAGAAAAAUCUGCGAAUUGAAUAUUCCCUUGCGACUGGAGUGCCUAGCUGGUGUGCUCUCAGCUCUGCGUGGUUCGUAAUAAUGGUGUUGAACCUUCAUGAACGUAGUGUGAGUUUUGGUGAUGGGCGGGCAAGAAUGAUAGUUUUCGUAAUGCCCUUUCCCUGACACGCCAUUCAAUAGAGCUGCCAUCAAAUGUGUUCGGCUAGAGAAAGUACGCCAUUUGUUGAAGGCUCACAGGCAAAGAGUCGUAAGGUGACUGUUUCGGCAGAACGUUUAGAUCGUUAGGAAUCUGAAAACCGAGGGCAUUACGAAUCGUCCAUUUGGCUACUAGGGGGAGGUGUCAUGAUGUUUUGCUGAAUCGUUCAUUUUAAUUGUUUAAUCGGGCAAUCAGUUGUCCUCUCUCUAUGUGUGUUGCAGCCUGGGUCUUGUUAGAUUAUAUUCUCAAAGGGCUAACAGUUGCUGCCUUCUCUGAUGCUGAAGAUUUUGGUAGUUUUCUUAAAGUUUCUUUCCUCUUUUGCAGAUACGAAAGCCUCUCGUCCCCAACAUUGGGGACCUUGUGAUUGGAUGAGAAAGUUUCCUAGUUUAUGUUUUUUUUUGUAUUUUAUUUUUCAUCCAUUUAUUUUUUUAUGCUUUGCUCAAGAUAUACCCUGGGAAGUCAUUUACUUUGAAAACUGUGAUAAAUAUUUACUUUGAAAAGUAAAAAGCUCUUCUUAUGGUCAGGAGAGUGAUGCUGAGCUUCGUCAUCUUUCUGGUGACUCUCUUCAAACUGAGUGCCCCAAAGUUGUCUACCUCGUGCGGUCCCAGAUGAACCUGAUGAAGCUUAUUUGUUCGAACAUCUCCAAUGACAUUUCCAAAGGAUUACAGAAAGAAUACUUCAUUUACUUUGUCCCACGUCGCACAGUUGUUUGUGAAAAGGUUUGUCCGUACGCUUCUAUAUGCUUCAUACAUGCAUUCUUGGUGACUUGGGAAUGCUUGACUCUCAGUUAAUCUGCUGCUUACGUUUUUCUGUUUAAUGAUAAAAUCAUCAUUUAUGUUGUCUAUACUGCUUCUUAAGUUGGUUGUAUUUUUCUGAUUUUUCAUGUAGCAGUCAUUGUUUUAUUGGAGGAAAGGUUUUAAAGGAUCCAUUUAACGGAGGUAGCCCCAUAUGUAGGUAGGAAAAUGCCCAAUUUUAUGGCCAACUGCAGCUGGAUCUUUGAGUUUGUCUUGUCUAACCAUGAUUGACCCAAUGAAACUUUGCGUGGCUAUUGUUCAGGCUGACGAUCAAUCUAUCAUUAGUCUCAAAGAAAAUUAUAUCGUCAGCUAACUGAGGAUGUAUCAACCUCAAGUCAUGUCUUGCAAUUGUGAUACCUUUUGUGAAUCGUUUACUUAUAGAUAAUGUGUUAAUUAACUUAAAUCCUUUCCUGUUAAGAGUCAUGGGUACAUAAAUUAGAGAUGGAUUCAACUGCUUAGUUUUGAUUGUCUGCCAUAACAUGAAUAAUCACGCUAGUCCUUUCAAAACACCUUAUAUUUGAGGAAUGGAGAGGCCUCUACUAGAAUACCAUCCAAAUGAGCAUAUUAAAAUUGUUUAAGUUAAUGUUUUGCGGUUUAACAGAAGUUGAAUUUUUUUUUUCACGAGGCUUGCUUUUUCAUGGUAUUGACUAUUAAAUUUAUUUAAAUAAUAAAUGAAUGACCAGUCUAUUAAGAACCCUGUCAUGCUUAAAUAGGCCUAGAAUUGCCAGAAAAUUGAUUUUUGAGCAGAAGAUGGAAAAACAUAUAACUUCUAUUAAAAUGGCUGACAUGUAGACCAUAACUUUUUGAGCUAUCUGGCUAAGUAGAAUGAUAUUUCGCUUAUAAAUUCCAUUUUUUCAUAAUCGAGGCUAUAUUUUGUUUGCCUUUGCUUUGGCGUUUUUAUAAACAUCGUAUGGCUCCUGUUCGCAUUGAGCUUCAAGGCUACAACUUGAAACUCUUAAUUCCUGCUUCACAUUGAGUACGAUUUGUUAUUGCUUUGCUGUUAAAUAUUUUCCUUUUGAUGAACUGUGCUUGAUCUUUGUUGGCUUUGUCUACAAUUAGCCAAUCCAUUUUAACACCAUCUCAUAGGCUUCUCUUCUGGGAUCUUUUCCUUUGCGUUUGAUAUGCUUUUUACAUAGCUAUUUUUUAUUUGGGAUGAUUAUCUCUUUAUUUUCAUAGAUUCUCGAGGAGGAGAAAGUUCAUCAGAUGAUUACCAUAGGGGAGUACCCUUUAUAUGUGAUGCCUCUGGAUGAGGAUGUCAUAUCUUUUGAGCUUGAUCUUUCGUACAAGGUCCGUUUAGUAAUUCCGGUUAAUGACUGUCCUUCGUGCUUUUGUUGCUUCUAAUUUGUUUAUUUAAAUACUGUUGCGAUUGAUAGGAAUGCGCAGUUGAUGGUGAUACAAGUUCCCUUUGGCACAUAGCCAAAGCCAUUCAUAAAUUAGAGGUAUCGUUUCUCUCUAUUGUAAAUUCAUCCUUUUAAUCUAUAAAUGACUUCAAUAUGUAUCUAUAUAUAAAUGGCUUUAACAUGGAUCUUUUCAUCAUUUGAAAGUUGAAGUUGAACCUUCUCUCAGUUCUAAAUUAUAAUAUUAUCAUUAUUGUGAGGGCAUAUUUUCAAGCUUCUCUUUUGAGUGUAGAUUUCUUUGAAACAGCAACAUUACUUUGAAAGUAAAAAAAUAUAUUUAUACAUAUUCACUUUUCUGUGCGAUUUUUUUAGUGUCAAUUUUUAGGUCAGCUGGAGCAAACUGAUAAUAUGCCUCAUAAAAAGAUGGAUGGACAGGGUUUGUGAUUGUUAUGGGGAGGAAAUGGAAACAAGAAAAGUUAUAGCAUGUUUAAAUGCUUUUUCGAAGCUUUUACUUGAUUCAUGUGUGAGUGAGAAAAAAUAACUCUGAAAAAUCUUGAAUGUCCCGUCCUGUCCCUUCUAGGUACGAUAGAUUAGCCUUGAUCUGAACUUUUUUAUGUUGACCCAACGUCAAAGCAAUGCACUAAAAGGGAAAACUAUAGAUUGGAUUUUUUUUUCUGUUGUUGCUUCGUAGAUAUUUUAUUCUUUUUUCCCGACGUUCCUUAUGUAUAAUAGGUGGAAUCGGGUAGUUAUGCAGACGUGUCUCGAAAAAAGAAGUUAAAAAGUGCUUUCAAGUGCCCUUAGUCUAGUCUCCGGCAGUUCAGGACUUGUUUUACAUCUAGGAACUAUGCGCGUGAUGACCCCGUCUAGACUGGCUUGGAGGUACCUGCAAUUUUUACCCAAGGGCAUUUCAUCAAAGCGAGCUUUUGAAAUGAAAGUAAUGCCGUCUCUUUGAUGACGAACAUUUGAUCCUUUUUGUUUGGCUUAUCAUGUACUAUGAUUGUCUGAUAUAAUCUAGUGGUGCCAUUAACUGGUAUGGUGGAAACAGUUCAUUAUUGGAUGGUAGAAAAUGGGCCUGUGUAUGCGUGUAAGUUUUUGUUUGAAAUUGCGAAGGGAAGGAUAAAAGUUGGAGCAUAGAAGAAAAAGGGAGAGAAAAAGGCGUCUGCAAGUUGAAAAUUCGGAGGUUGCCAUGGGGAAACCAUUAUAGAGCUUACAUGAACUAUCUUUUCCUUCUUGGAAAAGGAAAGUACUAGGAUGACAUAGAUUUGGAGGACUUUAUGUCCUUCUUUCCUAUUCAUGAAAACUAGUUCUGUAAUCAUUGUACCCAUUUGCCAUCUUUCAGAAAUAGGGUCCUCAGUCCCGUAAUUAUACUUGCAUAAGGGUGUGUCAUGAGGGAGAUAGCUUCUACUUGGGCAUUGUUUUCAUCUUUCUCAUAAUUUCUCAUGAGCACGUAGUCUUGUCCUAACUAUCCAGUCUUAAAUGCGUCCAGUUUUCGUUUGGAGUGAUACCAAAUUUAAAGGCUAUGGGAAAAUCUGCAUCAAAGGUGGUUGACAUCUUGAAGCGCAUGGAAGUCGAAGAUCCAGUCGACAUUUCAAAUGUAGGUAUUCACUUUUACUGGCAAUGCUAUUUAUUCUUCGACUUUGGAUAUGGUUUUAGGAGAAGUUAAUUGACCAGUCACUCGUUCAAAUUUAAUUAUUGAUUACAGGUAGGAGUCCCGGAGAUAAAUACAAUAGUUUUGCUUGAUAGAGAGGUAACUAUGUUGCUAACUUUGAACUGGGAAUUUUACUUUUCUUCUUAAUGAUGUUUAUGAUAUCAUUCGGUUUUUUUGAAAGAAUAAAAUAUACCCUUAAGGGGACCUAGUUUUCUAGUUAUAUACCCUUAAGGUUAGUAAUUAUGUCUUUUCUAUUUUUAUUUCAUUGUAAAAUUAUUUUGGACCAAAUCAGGCUUUUCACUUAAAUUCACAUAUUUGGAUCAGGAUGUAGACCAUACAAUUUAGGUAUUUGAUCGACAAGUUUUGGUAUAUGAAAAGCAGGAAAUGUUAGGACUUUCAAUUUAGGCCUAAGAACUGUUGUCGAUCAACAUUAGAUAGGAUGCGCUUCUCAAUCUUCGGUCAGUUGAUCUUGGGUUUCAGUUCCUAUUAGCUGUAACAUUGAUAUUUGCUUUGCAAGCUUGGUGACAGGUUUGGCUAGGUAACUGUUGUUUUCUAGUUCAUGAGCAAUCAUUGACAAGAACAAUAUCUAAUCCCAUGCAUUUUCAAGAGUGUUCAGAAUUUUCCUUUUUCGAAUGAAAGUUUUCAGUAAAUGAUUUAGUAUUUUGAUAGAUUCCGUAUGCAUUAACUGUAAUCAAUCUGCACGUGCCAAUCAUUUUUAUAACCUGUGGGUGUUAUCAGAGCUUGACUAACUGGUGUUUCAUGUACUUUGCCAGCCAUUUCGAUGAACUUAUUGGUUAACUGUUGUCUGAUCAUAACGUUUCAAGGCUUAUUGAUGACUAUUACUGAUGUUAUUGAAUUCCGACUAUAUCUUUCCCAGGUAGACAUGUUUACACCAAUGUGUUUCCCAUUGACGUAUGAAGGAAUACUUGAUGAGGUAAGGUUUGAGAUUUCCUUGGGUAUCAAUUUAAAGUUUUGUUCAUGAUAUCCUCAUUAAGCAUGGGUAUUUGUUGAUGGCAAGUCCUUCUGGGAAGAUCUGAUUUUUGGGUAAUGCCCAUAUGAUGCCUGUAUGAAUGAUUUAAUUUAUUCGACUUUGCUCAGGAUCAUAAUAACUAAUGUACAUGCUUGCCUAUACUUAGUUUGAUGUGGGAAGGGUUGAAACUAACCUAUCAUUCAUUUUCUCAGAUCUUUGUUAUUGUGUACAUGUUGUACUAGAUAAUCACGUUGCUUAUUUGAUCAAUUUAUCAAUGGUCCAAUUUGCUUCGAUUUAUUGUCUGAAUUAGUGGACUAGUCUGGGGUAAUUUUGAACAGUAGACUCUGACUUGUCUACCUUAUUGAGCGGUCAUUAGGGUGUUUCUAUGCCUUUGCAAUCGGUCAAUAUUGACAAUUUGGAUGUUUUAGAAAUAGAUCGACUCUGAUGGUCCAAUCGUAUCUUGCAAUUUGUUUUGCAAAAAAUGGAUAGUAGUUAUUUUGAUUGGCUCAGAUAUAUAAUAACCUUAUUAGGAAUUCCGCUUCUUCCUUUGUCACGUUAAUUUUCUUUGUGCCCUGCAAAGAAUCUGCAAGCCAACUCAUUUCUAAAAUGUUUAACGUCCAUGUUUUGUUCUCAUUUUUUUCCUUCGUACGUUGAAAUUUGCAUAUUUAUGCCCGCUACUAACCUGUUUUUAUUACACUGAUCUUUGUUUGUCCAUAUAGGUUUGUUCUUUGCAUGCCCUUAAUAGAUUGUUUUUAACUGUUUAAAAAAUCAAUGUUUUAAAUGACUUUGGGUUUGUUUUCCUUUAUAGAUUUUGCGAAUAAAUAAUGGUUCAGUUGAGGUCGAUGCAUCAAUCAUGGGUGCUCAACAAGAUGGCAAAAAGAUGAAGGUUCCGCUUAACUCCAGGUAAUUCUAGAAGGAAAAUAUUUUUUGACAUGUUUCUUGAUUUUCUGCAUAUUUAUGGGUUUUUCCAUCUGCAUAAUCUGGAACUGAUUAUUGAUCUCGUUAUGUAUCCGAUUGUGCUUAUUUCCAUAUCUUGUCUUGUGUUUCAGUGAUAAAUUAUACAAGGAGAUUCGAGAUCUCCAAUUUGGAGUGGUAAUGCAGGUUGUUUUACCUCCCUUGCUGACCACGCUCUCUCCUCUUCAAUUGGUUCCUUUUGCUGACCACGCUCUCUCCGCUUCAUUUUGAACUGAUUAUAGAUAGUAUAUCUUUAUACUCCUAUUUUUAACGUCGGUAUGUUUUUCAAAUAAUUCCAGAUGCUGCGUGAAAAGGCAAUGUCAAUGAAGCAGGAUUAUGCCGAAAUAUCUACCGUAAGAACAGAGUCAUGGAUAUUCAUUUUACUUUUCAUCAGUUAAAUUCAGAAUCAGAAUGUCUGUGAUUGAAUUUGAUGUUUCUUUCAAGUUUGGGCUUUUUUUUAUAUAUCUAAGGCUCAGAAAUUGAUAAUUAAAUUUCUCUUACGUUGCAUCUAUUGAAUUGAUGGCGUGCAUAAGACUCGAUGGACUGUGGCAUAGCUGUAACAAGCUAUUUACGCACAUGUCACUGAGUUUUUUUGCUUGGUUUUGAGGUGGUUGUCGUGGUUUUCAACGUAAGGAAGAAAUAUCAACAGGGUAGUUUUGCUGGUCCAACUUGAGCAUUCUUUUCUCAGGGAGAUGACUGUACCAACUAGCUGUGAACAAAAAGCUCAUCAUCACACUUUCUAAAUCUAAUUUUGAUGCAUAUUUGACCUUGGCACGCAUGUACUUCACAUUGUCUUUUUUUUGGAAGUGGACCAUACACUUGCACAAUCAGCUUUAAACGAGCCUUGCACAAGGCAAUUGUCUACACCGACAUUGUGUGGGUUCAUCAAUUAAUCCAUGACUCUCAAAAUUGUAGAAUUACUUCCUUCCUCAAAUUUCAAUCUUUUCAGUCUUCAUUGCAAAAAAAAAAAAAGAAAAAGAUUUUUUUUUUCUGCUGAGCAACUCGUCUGCCAAGAUAUGAGAAUAUAUAUAAUUUUAUUUAAAGAUGAUUUUAGGAAUCAAAGGAAAAAUGACUUCGUGAAUAUUCAUUUUCUUGGUCGGUUGAAAUCUUUGAUUACAUACGCUUUUUCUCUCUUUUCACGACUAUGUUGAUCAGUGCAAAGAUGAUAGUUAUUCAAACCUCUGGAUUGGCGUGUUGGAAACAAGACUAUUAACAUUUUAAUCCCUGACAGAAGACACGAAUUCGCGAAUAUUGAAUAUAUUCACUCUAUAAAGUUUCAUGAAAAAUGUAUAAAAGUCAACCGUAAAUUUCCUGACAUAAAGGUAAUAAUCUCCAGGAAGUUCGAAAAUAUAUCACCUUAAUAAAAAGUUCAACAGCAGAUGAUUGCUGAUCUAUGAUAUCUGGGUUUCUAGAAAUAGGUGGUAUUGCUGACAACAGUAUGUACGGAAGAAAGUUGUAUGCAAGCUCAAUUCUUACAUCACGAAGGGAAAGUUUUUUCCAAGGAAAGGAAAAAUGUGUUCUGUUAUGCUCCUCUGGCAAUGUUCUGUGCGAACCCUUAAGAAAGGAAAUCGUUUUCAAAAUUUUCAUUAGUCUCUUAGGGGAUUUAUAUCUUUCUAGGUACGUCCUCUACGAAAUAUUUUCUACAGUAUUCUAAUCUUAUCAUAUAAGACUCUGUUAAUUAAUGUUUGAGAUGAGCCAGCAUUGGAUGGAUGACUUGAAUCUAUUUUUUUUCAGACUCGGACGGUAUCGGAACUGAAAGAUUUUGUUAAGAAGCUUAAUUCACUUCCAGAAAUUUCUGUAAGCACAAUUCUUUAUUUUAUUUAUUUUCAGGAUAUCUUGUCUUUUGGAUUUCUAAUGCUGACUUACUGCUUCAGAGACAUAUAAACCUUGCACAACAUCUGUUCACUUUUACAUCAAAGCCAUCAUUUAGUGCUCGUCUUGACAUUGAACAGACAAUUUUGGAGGGUCAGGCUUAUGACAUGUAAGUUGAUUUCUACUGAAGAUAUGUUUUAUGAAGCGGUUUUUAUUUUUUAUUAAAUUUCUUAACGGUUUGAUCUUGUUAUUUUGUUUAUGUAGCCUUAUCUACUUUGGUUUAUCUCUAGUUCUUCUAGAUUUUGUUUAUUUGAAGGUUUUAGUCUAUCCAUCAAUGCUCAAACCGGAGAAUAUUACUAGUUUUAAUCUUCCGGCCAACUUCUUUUGAAAACAGAUGUUUCGAAUAUAUUGAAGAAAUGAUCCACAAACAGGAGCCACUUGUCAAUGUCAUAAGACUGCUUGUACUAUUUUCCAUCACCAACGGUGGAUUGCCAAAGAAGAAUUUUGACUAUUUGAGGUAGUGCCUGAUUUUGCAUGUUAUUUAUGUGCGAUAUAGAAAGGAGUAAUGAAUGAUAAUAUCUCAUGAUAUUUUUCAGCUUAUCAGAUGCUGCACAUCUUUCCGUGUCGCUGCUAUUUGAUUUGUUUUUUUUUCUAGAUUCCCCGAUACAGAUAUGUUGACCAUUGCCAAAAUAAUUUGAAGUUCAUGCACUGAAUUUGAUUUCAUGUCCUUCUUUACUGAAUAUUUUCAUCUACGCCAGUUUGAUUUACCAUCUAGUCCUUGUGCUGAUUUUUACGACCAUUUUUGGUGAUGAUAUUUUUAUUUAGUCUUUGGGUGAAUCGGUUGCCACACUUGUAAUUUUGAGAAUUAAAUUUGGCUAUAUACGCAUUUUUGUUUACAGUUCUAACAUUUCAUUUAACUUUCGUAAAAUUCUCACAUUGAGCUUAUUAUAGUCAUCCGUUUUUUUUUUAUCAAAUAUUUAUCUCAAUCAUAUAAUUUUUAUUUCACAUGGACCAUAGACCAAAUAUCUUCAUCUGCUAUCAUUAUAGUUCUCACAUUCACUGUUUAACUCACUUAACAGGGGUCGUAUCACCUUACAGUUUUCCCAGCAUCACUUUUUUAUUGGCUUUUUCUAUAUAACUUUUUUUGUCGUAUUAUUUCAUGGUAUAGAUCAUAAACAUGGUCGAGUGAAAUUGCACCAUAGUCUGUUCCUUUUUACAGAUGCGUUAAGCUUUUUUGACCACUGCUUAAUCAUUUGUCUAAUGCCCUUUCAUGGCUUAAUAUGCUUUGGUGAAUUCCGAGUUUUUUCAUGUUGCUUGGUCUUGGCUACGAUACAUGAGUGAAGAAGGGUAAAUAAAACAAUUUUGAAAAACGUAUGCAUGCCGUGAAUACCAUGCCUCUUUAAGCCUACAAUAUCUUGCAACUGGCAGUGUUUUUUACAGUAUUUUUUUAAGGAACUAAAUAUUAUAUAGUUUCAACUGCUAUUGCAGUCAAUGGCAAAAAAACCAGUUCAAAUGGGUAGGCGACUUUCUCUAUCUCUCUCUCUCUCUCCUCCCCCCCCAGCGCCUAUGAAGUGUACAUUUUUUUUUCAAAAACAUUUCGUUUGCUUAUCUUACGGGGGAGUUUUUCUUGAUUGAUUUUUCUAUUAUUUAUUUAUUUCAGGAGAGAACUGCUUCAUAGCUAUGGGUUUGAACAUAUGUUCACAUUGAAUAAUCUGGAGAAAGCUGGACUAUUCAAGAAACAGGUGCUGCAUAGUUUGGCUCUUGUACAUUUCGAGAGUAGAUUUAACAUGCUACGUAAAUUCUCAUUCCUUUCUCAGUGUCAUAUGCUCUUCAUCUCAUUCUUUCUUAUGCACUUUUGGUCACUCAGGAAUCAAAAGGCAACUGGUUAAAUAUUAUUCGUGCUCUGAAACUUCUUGUGGACGAGAGUGACCCUUCCAAGUAUACUAUCCCAUUUUCUUAUUCAGUUCUUGUCAUUAUUUUCUUGGUAGUGACCGUCUAUGUUGUUUUUACUCUAUUGGUUGGGAUUUUUCCCUGUAUUUCCCAUGUUGUGACGUUUUUAGGUCCUUUACAUGAUUGCCUUUAUGCUUUUUGUUUAAGUUCUAAAAUUCCUCUGUGAGACUUCUAAAAGUAAAUAAUAUACAUUAAAAUUAUGGGUUUCAUUGAGGCAUUUUUUUGGAUUAUGCUGCCUUAAAACAUAGUGCAAAUCUAAAGAAGUGAAGGUUGAUUAGCUGGGAACCAUAUCGAAACUCUAGAAAUUGAAAUACUUGCAACUCGUGUUUACUGAACCUGACUCAACUUUGGCUUAUUUAGACUGUCUUGUGGUCCUAAAAACAAAUGCCAACCUUCAGAGUGUUCGAUGUGUCAUGAAUUCUGGAUUCUUCCCAUCCUUUUCUGUGUUUUCCAUUAUCAUUUUUCUUUCUGGAAUCUGAAGGAACUGUUAUUACGAGUAAAGUUUUUCACAAGCUUCUGCAUUUGGAAGUAUUGCAAAAUUAAAGUACUUAUUUCUUCUAAAUGCUUCUAAAUUACUAGCUCCAAUAAUUUUGAGACAGUUAUCUAAUUAUAUACACCACUACUUGCUUUACAGUCCCAGUGAUAUCUCAUACAUAUACUCUGGUUACGCACCUCUAAGCAUUCGGCUUGUUCAACAUGCAAUUAGAUCUGGUUGGUAAGUUUAACUUUUGCUGAAUUUCCUUCGUUUAAAAAACAUAUACAGACAAUGCCCUUUUUCAUAAUUUGGGUUUAGUACUUGUAUUACCGCGUACUAUUUUUUUUAUAAUUUUUUGCCGUUAUAAUGGUUGUGUCAAUCUGGUCGAAGCAAAUCUAUUGAAUCACAAUUAGCGCAGGGGCGCUUCCCGGGCCUGGCAUAUUUGGAAAUUCGCUGUGAAAAUGAGACUUUUGGUAUUAAACGUAACUGGGUCUGGUGAAGAGUGUUGGAAACUAUCAUAUGGUUUGGCAAUCGGGUCCUUGGAACAUGGGAAAAAGAAUGGAAGGAGCCCUUUGCUUGGUAGGUACUGGAGAUUGCUGGUUUGUCAUCCUUCAACAUGGCAUUGCAUGUGUUGCAACUACAGCACGAUUUUGUUACCUUGGUGAAAGGGAUUGAUGUGAGGAACUUCUCGAGUUUCCUUGUUUAACUUUGUUAAACUAAGCCUCCCAGUUGUAACUAAAUUGAGCGGGUCUGGUUUCCUGUUUUCGUCUCUACUCACAAUACAGAUUGUAUCAUAAACUGCUGGAGGUUUCCCCUGGGUGAUGUAUUGAAUGAUCGUUUUUCUUUUAUUUUCUAGGUUUAAGGACCCCUCAAAUAUUUUGUUUCUGAUUCAUAUAUGUGCCCUGACAGAUAGUUUUCCUGGUUUGGAGUUUAAUAUUCUGGGACAGCACCAGUGAAAAGAUGGGUAAAUCUGGUUAUUUUAUCAGAAUACACAGCCCUGCUCUGAAAUAAAGGAAGAAAAUUAUAAAUCGACUUAGCUUCUGAUUCAGUUAUACAAGUUUGUCGCUUUGUUUUUCAUUUAUUUUGUUUUCCACUUCUUAGUCAGAAAAAAAAUUAUUACAUUCCCGUGGGGAUCUUGUCGCAUGAUGCAUCAGCAGGCCUAGAACAGGCUGCUGUUGCAUUUUAUAAUUUCAUGGAGGCCUGGAACAGGCCUCCAUGAUCCAUCAAGUGAGAUAAUAAUCCCUGCCCUCAUCACCCCCCUAGUUGUUUCAUACAUAUCCUCUGAUGUUGCCUGACUGAUCCUCUGGGAGCCAAUACUCCUUCCAUUGAAGAAGUAUUGAAGCUCAUGUGAAACGUUUUGGUUACCUCAGGCACCCCAUCGAAGAAAUCUUGAAGCUCUUGCCCGGGCCGCAUCUCGAACUGAAGAGAGUAAGUUCAUCAUGGUGUUCCCCAUUGGGAAUCCUUCAAAUGGUUUCUUUCUUCUACUUAUCGAAUUCCAUUUAUAUAUAUAUUUUUCUAUUUUUGCUGCAGGGUGGUUCUCCCAACUACCCAUCACUGGACUCAUCAAGGGGCGUUCCAGGCAGCCUUGAGAGGUGAUCGACAUACUUCCUACCUUGUUUAGUAAGCUGGGAGUGCACCAAAAUCUUGUGUUCGAUUAAUUAAUUACUUAAUUAAUAAAUAUAACAAGCAUGCUUAGAGGGUAUAACAGGACCCAAAACCAAUACUGUAAAAAAGGCGAGAUUUUUAUUUAUUUUUUGAUAUCACGAGGAUGUUUGUCUGAAAACUAACGCUGUCGAUUCUUUUGUUGGGACGGAUCUUAGACGCUGUCUAUCUACCAGUUUGCCUCUUUUAUCUCAGAAGAGGCCAGAUCAUAACAUAGAUUUCCACAAUUGAGCAGGACAACAGAUGGGCAUCGCACCCUCGUGCUCGUCGUCUUCAUAGGAGGCGUGACUCCUGGAGAGAUGUCCGCUCUCCGUUUUCUAAGUUCUCAGGUAAUUCUUCCGCCCCGGCAGAGGGUCCGUCGUCGUCAUUACCUUUCUUUCAUCUGCUUCGUGGAUGUCGUACUUGUACAGGAGGGAACGGGCUACGACUUCAUCGUCGGGACAACGAAGGUCAUUAAUGGCGACACCUUGCUCGAGACGCUCAUAAGCAACGCCGGUUAA